UACAUAAAUAAUAAUAAUAAUAUCUUGUUUUUACGCAAUUUUUGUUACAAUUUUAGAUACAAUAAUAUGCUAAAAAGAGAGCCAAAGAAUGAGAAAUAGAAAGAGUGAAUGAGAGAAAAGUUUAGAUGGCGGUACUGUGUUUUUACUAGAAGUACUUCAGUAAGAAUUCUUCAUUGAGGAAGCUAUAGAUUAUAUAAACCCAGUUUUAACAUUUCGAACGUCAGAUUUCGCGCCUUCGCAGAAGGUUCAACAAUUUAGCUGCGCGCCUAAUUAAGCGGUUUACAGCUAUUCACUGAUUUAUAUACAAUUAUGGAAGUAAAUAAUGACUCGGCAACUCCUCAAGAUAACAGCACGAUAACUGUCGCUGAUUCAGUAUGGAGAUUUAUUAACAGUCCGAUAAUUGCGAUUUUUUCUGAUCUGGAAAAUCCUGCAACAGAGCAGAUGCUUUGUUCUCUUUUAGAGUCCUUGUUGAAAAGAUCGUCCACCUUAACUACUGUGUUGGUUCCACCAUUUGUUGGUACAGUGGAUGAAACACUGCAACAACAAUAUGCAGCAUUUACGACCUGGUUAUUCGGCACAAUGUUUCACUUGCUAUGUGUACCGUCUAGUGAUGUGAUACUUUCCAACAGUAUUGAAGUACAAGCUUGUAUGCUCAGAAUCUUGUCAAGGCAUCACAUGAUGAUGUUUGAGACCAUUAGUUUGGAGUAUUUAAAUAUACUUGAUGAAAUUUCAGAGUUUUAUUUAAAUAGUGAAGAAACGGAGGAAAUAACUCUCUCAAAAUUUCACACGGAAAAGAAUAUUAUACAAAAUUUGGAUCUAACGCCAUUUCCUGCAACAAUUAAAUCGUCAAGUGUGCCAGCAGUGCUAACAUCUCUAUUUAAAGUAUCGUUUGUCAAGUUAUUCAACCUUCUAAUAAGAAUAUUUCCACCAAAAUUUUGGUAUUGUUUUGAUAAUAACGAUAUUUUUAUGGUUUCACAGGUAAUUAUGAAGACUGGUGUCUCAGCUUGGAAUCAAAGAGUAUUGUGGGACAAAACUGUCAUGAUACUUGUUAAAUCUUCUCCAGAUUUUAAGAUUGAAGCGUUGCGUCUCUGUACAGAAAUAAUGCAAUAUUGUCUCAUUGAAGAUCGAGACUUGAUGAUUAUAACUACAUAUAGUCUGGAAAUAGUGAAGAGUCUCCCAGCCUGGAUUAAUUCAUUCCACUUGCCUGCGCAUUUGUUAUCUCAGUUUGCGGAAACAUUAACGCGCUUGAUACAGUUGUUACCUGUUUCGUUCAAGGUUGUCGAACUGUGUUUUGAAGUCAUCAACUUCAUCGCUUCCGAAUGUUCCGUACACGAUGUAAAAGCUGAGGCAACAAAGAAAUUAAUGGAGACAACAUGUUGUAAGAUUAAGCAGUAUUUGAUUGUCGAGCCAAAGUCCUGUACCAUUUCGGACGCCCAACGAUUGUUAGCUUGCUCCGUAUGGUGUCCGGCUGUCAUCGACAUUUUCAUGCAAUAUGUUCUUUUUGAUAUUAGACGGGCUGUUGCGCAGAACAAAGUUAUUCUUGCUACAGAAAUCAGCGAAUCGUGGAAAUUAUUGAGAAAGAAGUUAAUGAGCCUUGUGCAGGCUGAAAAGUUUACGGAAGUUCUGCACAUUGCUCAAGCCUCGUCCUCGUUGCAAUGCUACCUGGAGAAAGAGAGUAUCGAAGUGAGACUGUACGAAAACGACUUGAACGUUAUGUUAAAGAUUCUCAUACAAAAUUUGAACUCGGAGGGAUGCCAGGACGAGCAGAUCAUUUUCCAAAUCUUGAUGAAUUUCAUGGCUCAUAAUGAAUCGAAUAAAGUUUUGUUGCAAACAAUACUAGCGCUGCCGUUCACGCAAGAUUUCAAAGGAUCCAUGGAAAUCAGUCAGAGAAUGGUGCAGAGAGCAAAGUCUCUGGAUGUUGCAACGAUGAUACGGUGCCUCGAAACGUUGUGCGCACACGGCAGCGGAAAGGAGAGAUUAAAAUUAUUACGGAUGUGUGUAUUGAACGGCGAGUCACAAAUAGCCGUUACGGCAGUGUUGAACAGUAUGUUAUUACUGAACGACGCGCAUAUAAAGUUGAAGGAUAUUAAUCAGUACAUUCUAAACGUUGGCUUAUCUUCGACGAAAGUGGAAAUACACGAGGCUCUUGCCAGGGUAUUGGGCCAGAUUGCCUGCGUCUCGUCAGGGAAGGCGAAAAUCAGUAAGUCGCCGAAUAGCAGAGAAUGGACGAUACAUUGCGAACACUGCACAGAGAAUAUCAAACGCAACGUUGAACUCGACGUACGUCGUUAUCCUCCAACUGUUUACGAUCACGUUUUUAACACGUACCUUAAGCUGCUUACAUCGACGAAUGAUCCCGUACGCUUGAACAUCUCCAAAAGCAUUCUCUCUCUCUCGAAUCAUGUAAAAUCGUUUAAUACGAACGAAGUGGCGAAGAAAUGGCUCCCUUAUAUACACGACAACGACGUCGAGAUCCGGUCGAACAUUGCGUCGGUGAUCGGGCGAUUGUUGAGUAAUAGGAUUUCGAUAUCGGAGAGCGCCAACGCACAUUUGCCAGACACUGUACCAGACGAUCUAGACGAAUUCGUCGAUCUGGUAAUUGACGAGAUAGCCAAUACGCUUGCGACUGCGUUGGGCACCUCCAAUUAUUCCUUGCACGACACGUUACUCGUCACUGCCAAGAAUUUUGUAUGUGUGCCAUUACAUUUGACAGAGAGAAGAAUCUUGAAUGCAUUCUUAAUCACAAUAUUACAUCCGAAUUCAUCACCUGUCGCUGUAGCAUCCGCUACCGUAGCGUUUCAGGAUGUUGCUGACUUCCUGGACAUCUCGCCAAAAGUUUUAUACGUUCGAUAUCGAAAGAAUUUUCUACAGAUUAUAAUGGAACGCGCGGUGAGCAAUUACAUAAGCUUCUCGUAUAAUAUAGCAACCACUGUACAUCGCGUCGCCAAGUGCAUUGGCUACGAAGGAUCGCGUCAAUUACUGCGCAAGGAUGGCCAUUACGCGAUUUGCUUCCUGAUUGCCUGCAUCGUCGACGAACCGAAAGCACACGAACUUUUCUACGACAUAGCCGAACUCAUAAGUAUGGAUGUAAAGCAGAUGCUCGAAGAAUACUUUCCGUAUAUUUGCAGCCAUGCAUUUUUAGGGACGUCUGUACGCGUAACUACUGAGACUCUGAAGCUCGUGAUGAAGUUAACAGGAUUCAGCCUCGCACAACUUACGAAGCAGUCAUUCAUGGGUAUCUUUGAAGAACUUAUGUUACACUUUUACGAGUCCCCUGAGAAAAUAGUAGGGUUUUUAGAAAUUAUUUCGGAAUAUGAUAAUAAUCAAAAAGGGAACUUUCGCACACAAGAACAAGUUGCGUCUUACUUAAAUCUACGAUUACACGGCAUACUGGUGAAUUUUGACAUAAAACUUGGCCCGAAGUCGGACGAACACACACAGCAAUCUGCACUUGCCUCGUUGGCAGUUUUGAUCCGUUACAUGGGUGCUGCUUAUCUAACUCCACUUCGAUACAAAAUUUUAGCUACGUUACGGACUUCGCUUGGAUUUAACAGACCCGGUUUUCCGCGCCUGGUCUGUGACGCGUGGGACGCUUUUAUUCACAAUAUAACUUUUGAGGAUCUAGGACCAUUGUUUCCAACGAUAUGUGUAUCACUGAUGCAGUUACAGAAAACAUUCCCUGAAAGAGUUAACAAAAUGUUAGAAUUUUUGAUCGUUCGAAGUAACGAAGGAGACAACAGUCACAUCUCCGAAUUAUUUUUCAUAGAUGACAUCGAAGUUCCUACUCACAUAUCUGAUAUAGUUAAGGCACAUAUUUUGCAGGCGAAGCCUGAAGGAUUUAACGUCAAUUUAAAGUUAUGGUUGAGACGGAUCACUCAUGAAACUGACGAAGUGCGAGUGAGAGCUUUGAAAUAUCUGCAGACAUUUUUGGAGGAGCAUCGUAGUGAGCUUAACAGUAUGAUAUUAAGCGAAACCGACGUCCAUCCACUAAUUGUUGAAUUGCUAGAUAUUUUGUUGAUUGGAUGUCAAGAUAAAGAUGAAUCUAUCCGUUUACGUUAUGGGGAAUGUCUGGGAGAAUUGGGAGCGAUCGAGCCGAGUCUUCUUCCACGAAGAAUCAUUUCUAGAGAGGAUAGCAACUUUAUAUCAGACAUGAAUGAGGAAUUCGCGUGUGCACUACUUGUCGAACAUGUACGGGCUUUCCAAAUGCAAAAGAACAGCCAAAGUAUGGAUUGUUUUUCUCUCGCAAUACAGGAGAUAUUGAGAGCCUACGACAUUUCUCCGCAAGGUCGAAACAGUGAAUUGUGGAAUAAUUUGCCAUCUACAAUGCAACAGAUUAUUAUUCCCUUUUUAACGUCCCACUAUAAAAUAGUGACUGUUAGUGACGACAAUGAAUUUCCACAUCCUAUUUAUGGCUCUGAAGCGGGUUCUUCAGUCGAAAACUGGGCUUACAACUGGCUUUGCAGUAUGUCCAGCGCUGUGCGAGAUACAACGCUCAAUAAUGUAUUACAGGCGUGCAAAUUGGCAUUCAAGCGAGAUAUAAAAACGUUGAUCUUUUGUCUGCCGUAUAUCGUGUCGUACAUAAUUGCGAACGACCAAGAAGAGGAUUACGUUAAACUCAGAGAAGAAAUGCUGGCUGUGAUUAACGUUCGAGACAAGCCCGUGUUGGAUCCUGUACUUUUGCGUCAUCAACCACUUCGGUAUGGACAGAGCGUAAAGGCCGAUAACAAUAGAAUCUCCGAGGAAACCAAGCGCACACGCUGCUCGCGAGUGGUCUUUUGCAUAUUGGAUCAUUUGCAAAGGUGGCUCAGGGAACAAAGAUUAAUUCAGGAUAGCAGAUAUGAAGCAAUAAAAAAAUUUUGUAGCAGUUUAGACAGCCUGGUAGUGGCGGAAGGUUGCUACCAGUCGCGGGAGUAUCAUCGGGCAUUGAUGUACCUGGAACAACAUAUGGCGUUCAGUAACAAAGGUUUAUCAGAAUCGAUAGAAGGCGGUUUACUCGCUAAAAUUUAUGCGCAACUCGAUGAACCCGAUGGAGUCUCUGGUAUCCUGGUGACCCAAGAUCAGUCGCCUACCUUGCAGCAGCUAGUUCUAGCCCACGAAGUUAAUGGACAGCUACAAGAUGCAGCUACAUGUUACGAAAGAUUGGCACAGAAGAAGGACUUGAAACAUACGUAUCUGCAAGGUAUGAUCCAGUGUUACGUCGAUCUGGAUCAACCGUUCACUGCCAAGCACAUCACCGAGGGCUUGUUAAGCAAUAGACCAGAACUGGAGCCUCUCAUCACCGAACACGAGCUCUUCUGGAGACUCGCUCAUUUCUCCCGAUUCGAAGAAUCUUCGCAAAAGAACAUAAAACAUGUAUUACUAGAUGAUCUCGUGAAAGGAAUCAAGCCAGACUUGCUGUCGCUAAAGAAGAAUCUGGUAUCACUAUUAGAAGAUACCUCUCGACCAGGAGCUUAUCAACAGAGUUACUCGUAUAUCAUGAAGCUACAUAUAUUGAACGAAUUUGACAAGGCAACGUCGAUGAUGCUGAAUAACGCGGAGGACCUUCCAGCGAUGCUGGAAGAAUGGGAGAACCGUGGUCAGCUGUUGAGGGCGUCUCGUGGCGUAGAGUUUGUCCUGAGUAUGCGUAGGGCGAUCUUGGAUUUAGCUGUACAGUUACAAGGAAAGACUCGCAAUACGGAAAACUCCAUGCUGAAACAAGAAAUUGGUAAAAUAUGGUUGAAAAGUGCCAAAAUUGCUCGAAAAGCCGGCUUGUAUCAACGGGCGUAUAUGCACAUCCUGUCGGCUAGCGAUUCAUGUCCGCCGCAACCAUUGUACAUAGAACAAGCCCAGUUAUACUGGCAGAAAGGUUGCCAGGAAGACGCUUUCACCACUUUAAAGCGUUCCUUUUCGAAUUGUUUCCAACCAGUCCAGUAUUACAAGCAAUUACCCUCCGAACAAUGCAACGAAGAAAGGAAGCAGUGCGCAAAGGCAAAACUUCUUUUUGCAAAAUAUAACGACGAGACUCUCAACAUCGAUACAGAUGGUUGUAUUCUCAAUUACAAAGAAGCGAUAGAAGUUUGGAGAGGAUGGGAAAAGAGUUGGCUGUCGUGCGCUCAAUAUUACGAGAACAUCAUCGAGAGAAUGACCGAGGAUGACAAGGAUAGAAACAGACGAGAUCUACAAGUGCACAUGAUGAACUUUUACGGCAAGUCGCUUCAGUACGGUUGUAAGUACAUCCACCACUCGAUGCCCAAGAUGUUGACUACUUGGCUGGACUUGGCCUCCCGCGCUAUGGGUACCUCCGAUCUAGAUCCGGAAAUCAGUAGACUCCGUCAGGAUCGCGUAUCGAAGAUGACUCAGAUCAUGGAGGUCUAUCAUCACAGAUUACCGACAUUUAUGUGGCUGACUGCGUUCAGCCAGCUUGUAUCCAGGAUCUGUCAUCCGUCUCCGCAAGUACAGAACACACUUUGCACGAUCCUGGUGAAAUUGAUCUCGGCGUAUCCUCAGCAUUGCUUGUGGAUGAUGGCAUCAGUGUUUAACUCCUCGUACCCCACGCGACAGAAACGAUGCCAGGAGAUCCUAAAUAAUGCGCAACUGAAAACACCGGAGAUGUCCAAGCUUAUUAGAGAUUUCCACAGACUUUGGGAAAGACUAAUUGAAUUAUCCAACAAAACGAUACCAGAUGGCAUGUUGAACACCACGAUGAAUCAUCUGUCAAGAAAUUUGCCCAGAUUACUCGUGAGUAAAGAUUUCAGUCCGAUCAUGAUACCAACGACAAAAUUCAGACAGCUACACCUUCCCUCGAAGAAUGGUUCAAUCGAAGAUCACAAUCCUUUCUUAUUGAGAUGGGUGCACAUAGCAAAGAUAGAAGAAAACGUGGUAAUAAUGCCGUCGCUUCAACGACCGCGACGGAUCACGUUGAGAGGAUCGGACGGGAAACGAUAUCUCUUUAUGUGCAAGCCGAAAGACGACUUGCGUAAAGAUUUCAGAUUGAUGGAAUUCAACGACAUUGUGAACAAGUAUCUUCAAAAUGAUCCAGAAUCGCGACAAAGGAGACUCUAUAUACGAACAUACAGCGUUGUGCCAUUAAAUGAAGAAUGUGGUUUAAUAGAGUGGGUACCAAAUCUCGUGGGUCUUCGACCUACUCUUAAUAAUCUAUACAGGGAAAAAGGCAUUGCAGUUCCGCACAAGGAAUUUAAAACGAUGCUAUGUGAGAUGGACUCGUUAAAAGAACAUCCGUUAGAAAAGAAGAGGCAAAUGUAUCUGGAGAAACUAUUACCGCGGCAUCCGCCCAUAUUUGGAGACUGGUUUCGCAUUAUGUUCCCUGAUCCAUACGGAUGGUACGAAGCUCGUACGGCAUACAUUAGAACCACUGCCGUCAUGUCCAUGGUGGGAUACAUACUUGGGCUUGGAGAUCGUCACGGGGAGAACAUACUGUUCGAUUCCAAGUGCGGAGAUUGCGUACACGUUGAUUUUAACUGCUUGUUCAACAGAGGUGAACUUUUCGAUUGGCCCGAACGUGUACCGUUCCGUUUGACGCACAACAUGGUGGAUGCCAUGGGUCCGCUAAAAAUUGAGGGACCAUUCAGACGCGCCUGCCAAAUUACUAUGCGAGUACUUCGGCAGGAAUCGAGCACACUAUUGAGCGUCCUGACGCCCUUCGUCUACGAUCCACUCGUCAGUUGGAAUAAGAAUCAACUCGGUGAAGCGGCUGAAAAAACGAACGAAAAAGCUGUGGAACACAUAAAGAACAUCGAGCAACGGUUGAAAGGUUUGAUUCGAUAUCCCGGAAGGAAAGCUGAAAAUAUCGCGUUGCAUCUUAGCGUCGAGGGACAGACUAAUCAUUUGAUUUUGGAGGCGACAAGCGUGGAUAAUCUGUGCCAGAUGUAUUGCGGCUGGGGCGCAUUUUUGUAACGAUGUUUUAUCAGGUAAAGAGAUCGGAGGAUUCCUUUCUCAGUCACACAUACGAUUUUAUUCGACCGUGACUAAAUCAGUCUUUUUUUUUUUUUAAUCUGAAUUGAAACUUCGUAGUAACAUGAAGUAAGAGACCGCGGUACUCAAUACCUGUAAAUAAAAAAAAACAAUCAGAUAUCUCUUUUUAGUUUGUAGGAAUUCUGUGUUUUUAAUAAAUUUACAACACAGUGAAUCGA